UCCUGACGUCUUCUUCCUGCGGGUGAAACUGGAGGAGACUGGGGAGCUGUUCCGCGUGGCCAACUGCCGCAACGACAUGACAGUGCGGGAGCUCAAAGAGGAGCUGGACCUGGUGGUCGGCAUCCCCUUCAACCUACAGCGGCUGCAUUUCCUGGACCAAGGAAUUUUGAUGGAUGAUGCUACCCUGAAGUUCUACGAUGUUAUCCCUGGAGCAGUUAUUUCAUUAUGUAUCUGGCAUUAUGAUGGUUGGACGGAACUGGUUUUGGCAGCCGUGGAAGGGGACCCCAGUAAGGUGGUUUCAUGCUUCUUUCAAUAUUAG